CCCCCCCCCCCCCCCCCCUCCCCCUCCUGUUGACCUUUCUUCCAUCCUUUUGAGAGAGCAGGUGUUACAGCCACAGGUCUCAUUUACCCUGCAACCCUCACCUCCCCCCCCCCCUCCCCCCCCAGUGGCAAUACACAGAGACCCAAGCUCCUCUCUUCCAAGCGGCUGAGAGGUUGCUAUGACAAUGGUUGUCAUGAUGCUGAUGUAGCGUUCUGAAGGUGGUAGUUGUGGAGGUAGUGGUGGAGCUGGGGGAGGUGGUGGUGGCGGUGGCAGGGGCUGCGGCGGUGAACGUCCAGGGAUGGGAAGCGCUCCGUAUCCAGCUGGUGAGUGGAAGGGGAAGGGGCGAGGCGGCCUACAAGAGCUGGGCUGCAUGCCCUGGAAGGUCAGCAGGCAGAAAGGGGGGGGAGAGGUGGCGGUGGGAAUGGAGGAGAGGAGGUGCAGAGAACCCAAGGACUCUCAGCAGCAGCAACAGCAGGAUCUCUCAUCUUCCUCUUCCUCCCUUACCCCCCCACUGCCUCCUCAGCCCUCUCUGACACCUCCAGCCAUUUAUCACGAGAAGCAGCGGAGGGAACUGUGCGCCCUGCACGCGCUCAAUAACGUCUUCCAGGACGGGACGGCCUUCAGUAGGGACACCUUGCAGGAGAUUUACCAGAGGCUUUCUCCCAGCACUCUGGUGACGCCUCACAAGAAGAGCAUGCUGGGAAAUGGGAACUAUGAUGUAAACGUCAUUAUGGCAGCCCUGCAGACCCGAGGGUUUGAGGCAGUUUGGUGGGAUAAAAGAAGGGAUGUGGGCAGCAUCGAGCUGUCCAACGUGACAGGCUUCAUUUUGAACGUGCCAUCCAACCUGCGCUGGGGACCUCUCCGACUGCCGCUCAAACGCCAGCACUGGAUAGGGGUCAGAGAGGUGGGCGGACUCUACUACAACUUGGACUCCAAGCUGCGUAGCCCUCAACCUAUCGGCAGCCCGGAUGAGCUCAGGAAGUUUCUGCGCCAGCAGCUGCGAGGGAAGAACUGUGAACUUCUAUUGGUCGUCUCAGAGGAAGUGGAGACACAGCAAACAUGGCGGUCUGAUGGCUAAGGGGUCUAAGCAACCAGUCGCAGCACCAACUGGGCCAACGGGCCAAUCGCAGAAUGAACGGGAAAGGAAGUAAUAUUGUGCACAGCCAAUCACAUGGAUGCACACUUGCAGAUGUAUUUCCCCCCCCCCCCCCUUUUUGGGUUUUGUUUACACAGCCAUUGCUGGACACUUAUCUGAAAGGAUGCAGAGCAAUGAAGGAAGCAAACACUUUACAGGGAGAAUCAAAGAAUCACAGUCCUUUACUCACAACCCAGUUAAGACUUAUAAAAAGUUACUAUUCUGUUUCUGCUAUUCUUGUGUUUUUAUAUAUAUUGACUAUUUUUCGAUGUCAGUUUUGAUCUGUUGGGGUUUUUUUUCUUUUCUUUUUACUGUUCAAGUUUCCAAAGCCCUGAGAGUUCAGGCUUUAUGAAAAACGCUGUUGUUAUCUGCUGUCUCCCUCGGUGAGCCUCCCUGCUUCAGUCACGAUGGUCACUGAUAUGUCUUUGUGUCUUUGUCCCUCCCUUCACGUCGUGAGUCUGUCUGUCCGUGUCCCCCGUCCUUUAUUUUUACCAAAGCGUGCCCUUUCUUGCCUCCAUGUGACUCCACCUCACUCCUCCUCUCGGCCCCUUUUUCACAUCACAAUUCAAACAAAACCAGUGCUUUAUCACGCUGCCAACUUUGUAUUUCAUGCAGUUCCCCAAACCCUUCUGGCACAGUCUGAGCCAACACUGCACCGAGGCUGGGCCGAAACAACACUUUUAUAUGCAACAAAGCAAUGCAACACCCAGGCCAAGCACUCCCCCUAGUGGAUGUUUGCCUCAGUUUCCUUUCAAGGAAGAAGUAACGGCAUCAUUCACACAGUUUUUUGUAAUUCACAUUCAAAUGGUUACUUAAUAUUAACGCAGAGUGCUUGUCACUGAGACAAUUAUCAUCUCUCACUAAAGGAUACAGUAUCAUGAUCUGAUAUUUAUCAGAUUAGGUCUAAAUUAUUGAUAAAAUCAAACUUUAUAACAUUACAGAAAUUGGCCAGGCUUUGUCUCACCAUGGGCAGCAUGACAGUCUACUAAACUAUCUCAACUCAAAGUCUACUUCUUUACUUAAGAUGGUUCUGGAACUUUGGAAGGUUCUCAACAGCAGAUUGAGUUGGCCCAGUUGCCAUGAAAAUGCAGAUGUUAAAAAUGUCCUGUUAUGCUCAAACAGUUAGUUGAUUAGUUGAUCAAUGGAAACGUAUCAGCAACAAUCUUGGCUCUUUAUUAACGGAUUAAUUAAACGUGAAGUGAAUUGGCAGAUUAAUCGAUAAUGUAAAUAACUACUUUCCAGCAUACUGUGCUAUUGCAACUGAGUACACUUAAUCUGCUGAACAGGACUGUAUGAUGAGGUCAAAAGCUAAAGAAAGAAGCAAGUGAACAAUCUUUUGAGUUUAGAAUGUAAAUAAUAAUCUAAAUAAUGAAUGAGUUAUUGUUACAAAUAAUCAUAGCGAUGAAAAUAAUUCUUGUUUUAAUGGUCCAUAUCACACACUCUUGCUUAGGAGCCACAAUAAUUCAUGCACAUUGGUAAAAUAACUCCAUGCGUACAGAUGACAAAACAAGGAUAUGCCACAUGGGACGAUACUCACUCAUUGCUUCAUUUCAUUUUCCUUUGGCUCCAAGCUGUUCCAGAGGGUCGCCACCACGGCAGCCCUCUGAUGCACAGGAGCUCAGCUGGUGCAGGCAUCCUCCUUCUCCUUUUCUUAAACAUCUGUUGUCAAACCUGCCAAACAGCAGGGGGGCUCUGAUGUGUGAGGAGGGGUUUGGUGCUUGGUUGCACAAAGGGAAGUUGUCAGUUUGAGAGAGUCGAGGUGGAGCGCAGUGCACAUGGGUAGACAAAUUGUAGAAAAAGAAAAUGUAGAAAGAAAAGUGAAAGUUGACUGGGCUGGCUACUAAGCACGUGUCCAGCCAGACGUGUGCCGUGGUCGAUUAUUGUGAAAUGAGCUGAGAGAUUCCUCGGUUUGCAGCUGUCAAAUCUUUCAGUGUAAGAGAAACUGUUAAUACUAUUCAUAUUGUCUCUUAAUGACAAUAUUGGCCUUAACUUGUUUACAUAAACCAACUAUUUGUUGCUCUAAAAAUUGAGGGGCUGUGCAGUUUGAUGCCAUUUUAGGAGAUUUAUUCCAAAGCACCAAUGUAUCGUAAAUAUAGAAGAGAAAGCGCUAAAGCUCAUUGAAUAUAAUGUUUUCACUUUUGCAGCCAAGGGUUUUAUGUUAUUUACAAGUGUUUGAUAUAGUAUGAUUUUAUAAAGAUAAGAUCCCAUGUUUUUUCAAUGGUGCAUGACUUAUUUUGGAACGUCACUCUUCCAAUUCCAGCCUGUAGACCUUUAAUGUCAUACUAUAUCCAAGUGCACCUGCAUCCAAACAUCACAGAGGUUUUCAUCCAUAUACUGAGAUCAUCAUCACUAGUGUCUCACAAUUGCAUUCAACGUGUGCUUUUUGCCAUGACAAUCCAUUCAGCUGAUUGUCACUGUAUUUUGUUUUUUUAUUUUUUUGCAUAGAAAUAAAAUGCUUAUAAUGGCACUUUA